GACGCGGAAGCGAAUCACAGCUGUCAAACAGAUUUGAUUAUAAAUCGGACUCAUCUCUCCAUUAGCGGGAAAAUAUCACUUAUCACUGCUUUAAAAUGGAUUCCCCACGUUGGCUGCCUCUGGAGUCGAACCCAGAAGUCAUGACUAAAUUUGUCAGUUGUUUGGGUAUGAAGUCAAGCUGGCAGUUUGGGGAUGUGUAUGGAUUGGAUCCAGAGCUUCUCAGCAUGGUACCAAGACCAGUGUGCGCAGUGCUACUCCUCUUCCCAGUGACAGAGAAGUAUGAGGCAUUUAAGCAAGAACAGGAGGAGAAGCUCAAAGAUCAGCCUCAGGAGGUAUCUCCAGGCGUCUACUUCAUCAAGCAAACUAUUGGAAAUGCUUGUGGAACGAUAGGAUUAAUUCACGCUGUGGCAAACAACCAGGCACUCCUGGAAUUUGAACCUGAUUCUCCUAUUAAGAAAUUUCUUGAACAAACCUCUAAAAUGACCCCUGAGGAGAGGGCUGCCUUCCUGGAAAAAGAUGAGAGUAUACGUGUUACACAUGAAUCCAGUGCACAGGAAGGGCAGACUGAGGCCCCAAGUUUAGAUGAGAAAGUGAAUCUGCAUUUUAUAGCUUUUGUGAAUGUUGGUGGGCACUUAUAUGAAACGGAUGGCAGCAAGUCUUUCCAUAUUGUCCAUGGAACAACCUCAGAAGAUACUUUCCUUGAGGAUGCUGUAGAGGUUUGCAAAGUCUUCAUGGCUCGUGACCCUCAGGUCCGUUUCACCAUCAUUGCCCUCUCUAAAGAUUCAUACCUGAGGAAACAACUCUUUUUGACCCUAGAAACAAAGACAACAUUACUGCCAAACAUUCUUAAGUGCUGACUUUAUUGAAUUUUGUUUGUUUCAAAUGCUAUAGCAAGUUGAAGUGUGGGGGGAAAAAAUGUCAGGGAUAACCUUGUAAAGUAAUUUUCACUUGUGUUGUCCAUAGUUGUUACACAGUUAAAUUAAUUCUAAAGCAAACUGAGUGCUGCUUGCCACUAAAGUAUUUCUCAUUAAGAUCAGAAUCUUCUGCUGACAUCUCUAAAUGUCAUACAGAUAUUGGCUGUACUAUCUCAACACUGCACUACGGUUUGUUUUACUUUGCGUUUGGCAUUUUAGUGAAGAAGGAAAUUUAUCAAAAGUUUCA